UUCUGAUUCAUUCAUGAUUCAUCCCUAACCAUCAAGAAGAAGACGACUCAGAUUCGACUCGAUCUCUCCAAGAUGAAUCCAUCAAAUUCUCCCAACGAUUCUCGAGAAAAUCUACGGAUGAGCACAGAUGCAGACAUUAUCGGAGCACUUCUCAUAGCAGCGAAGGAGGCUAAUCGUGAAGGUAUAUCACUAGGGUUGGAACACGACGAGAUGGAGGAACUAGAGAGCAUCACCGGUUCUGAUGAUCGUACAGCUGACUUCAAAGAUUGGUAUGCAAAGUGGACUGAAGAGAGAGAGAAACGAAGAAAAAAUAAACAAGACUACCUUACCGCGAAAAGGUUUGCUCUUAGUUUGCAUUCCGAUGAUCAUGAGACUGUUGAUGAGAAAAAGAAGGAGGAAGCUGAUGAUGAUCAUGUUAAGAGAGAUGAUGAAGAGAGAAGCGAGUUUCAGAAAGCUAAGGAAGUGAUCAAGAUGAGAAGAGAUGAGAUCUCUACAACAACAAGUGAUGGUGCUGAUGAUAUGGAGAUUGAUGUAGUUAUACAGAGGAAAGCUCCAUCGCUUACGGAUUUGAGUGUGAGAGUUCUUGCUCAAAACUCUGAAGCAAUCAAGUCUUUGAAACUUGUUCCUGACCACUUGAGGAAGAAGCUAUCUCGUCAUGUUAGUGGUUUUGGCAAACUAGACGCACGUUUUAUGCAUCUUUUGAUUGGUGAUUCUCCCUGUGAGAUUCGUGCGAGUAACUGCGUUGGUUUAACUGAGGAUGACUUGGUUAAGAUCUUGUGUGAUUCUGAUAGAGAUACCUUAAAGGUGUUGAUUCUUGAUCUUUGCGGACGAGCUAUUACGGAUUACACGAUAACCGAGUUCUUGAAACGUUCGCCUGAAGGGUUCCCGUCGUUGACUACGCUAUCUCUUCAAGGAGCAUUCUCUUUGACAGACUAUGCAUUGACCUUUAUCGCGAGUUUUUCUCCUCUGCUUCUGUUUAUUAACCUCUCUCACUGCUCUCUUCUCACUUCCCGAGGUUUGAGGACUCUUGCGGAUACUUUUAGAACCACUCUUAAAGGACUUAGUAUUGAAGGAUGCCAAGGGAUGAAACGGUGUAAAGAGUUCACUAGGAGCCUGUAUAAGUUCCAGAAAUUGAACUAUCUCUCGGUUGCAGGACUCGAUAGUGUUAAUGAUGGUGUUCUUAGAGCCUUCUUUAUGUUCAGUUGCUCUAAUCUCACUGAUCUAUCUCUCGCUAAUUGCCAUGAGUUGACUGAUGAUUGCAUUUGGCAUAUUGGGAGAUAUUGUAAGAAGUUAGAAGCUCUUGACAUCUCAGAAUUGAGGAAAUUGACUGAUAAGUCACUGGAAUAUCUUACCGAGGGCUGCAAAUCUUUGAACUCAGUCAUAUUUGGAAAUAACAGAUUUAGUGACGAAGCUGUUGCUGCGUUUCUUGAAGUCUUGGGAGGUUCUUUUAACAACCUCUGCCUAAACAAAGUCGUAGAUAUCGGUCCAGAUACUGCCUUUUCGCUUGCCAACGUUUGUAAGAGGUUGAAGUAUUUGGACCUCUCGUGGUGUCGUAAGCUCACAGAAGAGGACUUACGUCGGAUUUUGAGUUGCUGCUCGUCACUUAAAUCACUCAAGCUAUUUGGAUGGACACAGGUGGAGAAUGCAUAUCUUGAAGAACUUUCAAGAUCACAGAUUCAUAUCACCGGAUUGAAAAUGACUUCACUUUAUGCUCACCUUGAGGACUCUCACCCAAAUGUUGGUGCCAAGUUCUUCUGAUGAGUGGACAAGUUUUGGCGCGAUGUACUGUAUAUAUAGCUCUGAAUUGAUGAACCACUGCAUUGUUAGGACCAAUUUAUCUGAUUGUAGAGGUUCAUAGUUAUACAAAAGGUAGUGUAUACGAAUAGUGGUAUAAUGUCUUUUUGGCUCUGCUUUUAUGUAAAAAGAUAGGACUAAAAAGAAAAGUAUUAAGCAUACGAUACCAUGGAAUAUUUUAGCAAUGUGUGGUCAUUACUGUUGAACCAGAAACUAAAGAAUCUUCCUUUUUUCA